AUGGCCGAACUCGCAGCUUACGACAACGACCCCACACUCUAUCUGUUCACGUCCCUCACCGCCGGCUCCUCGCACAUAAUUACUGCCACGUCGCGCAUUGAAACAAUUCUCAAAGCAAACAAGGUACCCUUUAAGGGUGUAGACACCGCCACGGAUGAGCUGGCGCGCAAGCUGUACCAAAGAAGAGCGAGAGGGAAGAAGUUGCCGCUGCUGGUAAAGGAGGGGUUUGUCAUUGCGGACCUCGACCAAGUCGAAGAAUGGAAUGAGUACGACGAGCUCAAGGAAGCGCUUGGUGCACCUGCCGUCCCCGCGCCCGCGGUCGCUACACCUCUCGCCGCGAGCAAAACCCCUGCUACUGGCGCAGCAGCAGCAGCAUCAGGAGCAGUAGGAGCGGGGAAGGAGAACGUCCCAUCGCAGACACCGGCGCAGAACCUCGCGAUCCGCCAGGCUGCAGCCGAAGCGGCCAAAGUUGCUGCCUCGAAGAAGCCCACACCAGCACACAUCUCCACCACGAAUCCGCUGCUCGCGUCGAAAGCCUCGCCGUCUGUAUCAACGCCUAGCAAACCUACAGCCUCGCCGCGUGGUAUUCUGAGCCCGAGGAGUAUACCCCUGCCGAGCACGCCGGCAAAUGUAGCAGGAGAAGGAUUAAAGUCGCCUGGGGUGAAGAGCCCGCUGAGUCCGACGAGUGAGUUCCACGGCAGGAAGGUUGAGAGUCCCGGCGAGGAGGAGAUUAAGCUGGUGGAGAAGCAGACGGCUAUUGAGGAGGCGACCAGUUCAGAGGAAGAGGACAGUGAGGACGACGACGACGACGACGAUGAUGACGAGGAGGAGGAGGAGGAUGAAGAAGAUGAAGAAGAUGACGAAGACGAGGAUGAAGAAGAGGAAAGUGCUGCUAAGCUAGAACCUGUAAAGGAGGCGGAGAAGGGAAGCGCGAAGAUGAAGGAAGCAAAGACGCAGGCACAGGAUGCAAAGGCUGCGGAUAAGGCGGGCGUGAGCGUGGAGGACUGA